CCCUAGUAAUCCAGUGUCAAAUCAAGCGCCAUCCGUGGCGCCAUGUCAGGGCAGGAGGCUGGGCCUGCCCUCGUCGUCGCUCGUCGUAGUCACACGCGUCAGAAGAGCAGCGACAGCACAGAAAGCAUGAGUGAAGCAACUGUAUGCUCGCGCUCGCGCUCGCGCUCAGCACACGAUGCGUCGCAGCCGCUCACCUCACGCCACGCGCAUACAUCAUCCUCAGCGACUCUCUUCUCCUCUCAAAAUGAUGCAGGCGCAUCGUUCGACUCGCCUAGUUCCACCCUCUCGUCUUCUUCUCCACCUCCCUCCUGCAAGAUCACCCCGCUCUCCAUUCAUCUCGAGAGCACCAGCACGUCCGCCUCGGACCACCACGAACGCGAUGCGGCUCAUCAGCACAGCAAGAGCGAGGGCGCGAGGAGAAGUGGUGGCGGGCAGAGAUGUUCCGGCUGGCACUGGAAGAGGGGAGAGGUUCCGCAGCCUUUCCAGCCUAUCCUGCUGCCGAGGCGCGACACACCCGAGCUCAACUCGAGCUCCAACUCGCCUACGACGAGCGUUAGUACAGCAAAGGUAUCGCAGGAGCACUUGUUACUCAACAAGCUGAGCAGUCUUACGCUCUGUGGUACGGCUCUAGCUCAAGCUCCAGCUCAAGCUCACGUUGCGCUCCCCUUGGAUAUUAGCCAGGAGGAGGAGGACGACUUGGGAUUCGUCUAUCAUCCCACCCCGCCAUUUCACGGCAGUCUCGGUCUCGGUUUCUCAAUCAGCGGUGAGCUACCCAGCUCCACCACUCCUGCUCGAUCACACAUAAAACAGCCCAAAGAAGUGGGCCAGGGCGAGGACGGGAACGAGAAGGCGUCGUCGCCUCUGCAUCAUCGUAGCGAACCCGCUGGAUCGGAGGGUGGGCCCACGGUCAAGGGCAAGACGAAUCGUCUCUUCCGUCGAGUCAAGGAGAAAGUGAUCCGUGGUGCGACGAGGUCGCGUUCGCACGUUGCGGAGGGAGUGGCGCACGAGGAGCGGGACAGCGUGAACUUCACUGCUGGCUGUCUUCCCAUUCCGUUGCCAGCGAGCAACAACGCUGCUAGGCGGGGAGUGUUGAUCAAAUAUGACGACGACGAGCAGCUGAGCGCGAAGCACAAGUAUGGAGUGUCGGGAUUCUUCUCUCCUCCUCAUCCUCCGCCUACGGGAUGCUCCUUGCCCUGGACGCCGAAGAGCUGGACACCGCCUGCUACGGGGGGUGGUGGAGGACGAGUAGGAGAAGAGAAGAGACCCGCAACAACGGCGACCGCGACCAGGCGCACGCCUACGGCCACGCACACGCCCGGGCCCAAGCUCAAGCUCGAUCGCAAGGCACCAACAGCAGCCCCAGCCCCAGCAUCAUCAUCCUCUUGCGCCCAGUCCUUGUUGCGUUCCCGAGCUGGCACCCUGAACAGAGAAGCCGCUUCAGUUCCGGGUUGCUGCCCAGAGGUGGACGUUUCGCCUCCUAGAAGAGCACGAAGAGGGAUUCCCCUCGGCCCAUCCCUCUCGCCCUCUGCUGAGCACCCAGCGCAGCCUCUGCCUCUAGAGUCGUCGACCAAGCAACACGCGCCAACCCAUCCACAAGCAACCGUGCCGCCGCGCAAAACCUCGCUCUCGCUCACUUCGGCCGGUCCUCCGCAUCUACCUCUACCUCUACCCCAAGCUCAGCCUGCAUCCACCCAGCCACCUCACGCAGCUCUCGCAGCACCGAGCAUGGCGCCCAGUGUAGCCUUUUCUCCCAUCUGGACAGCGCCGUCCGCCCUUGCCUCGGCACAGCAAUCUCCGGCGCUACCCCUCUCUCCAAGAGGGAGGAAGUUAGAUCCGUCGUCGGUGAAAGAGAAGGAGGACCACUCCUCCACAACGGCGCAAAAGGGUUCGGUCACACCCACCCGCCCCAGCAGCACGGUCUCUGAAGGCUCCACGAUCCCGCCCGGAGAUGGCGCCUGCGGACGUAGUUCGAAGCGCGACGAAGAGGAGGAGGUGGAGAUGACGAGACGAGCGGCGCUGGUUGCGUGGGUUGAGGAGGGACGCUCCGCUGCUCGAAUGGCCGCGUUGGAAGAAGGGAGAUUGAGGGACGAGUUGAGAGGGGACUGACUGGGUUUUUGACCGACCUGAGUAGUGCUGCGGGGAAGAGAAGGAGGAAAGGCGUGUAGUGAGGGAGAGGAGUGCGACCACUGCCUUUCCCUCCUUUUCCCCUCCAACCCGCAACCCCGUCUCCCUCUCUACCCGCUCCAACCCCUUGCUCCACCCACCCUCCACCACCCUCACACCCUCCUUGACCUUGGCCUCGCUUUGGCCCCAAAGACCGCGCAUCGAGCCAACGAAGGACUCGCGUUGCUCCUUCACUGCCGAGGGGAGGUGUCGCGCCUCGAGCUCCUGGUAAUAGAGGGAGAGAUUGUGCGCCGUGUGUGGGAGGAA